AUGCGGCUGCUGCUGCUGCUGCUGCUGCUGCCGGCGGCCUCAGGUGCGCGGGUGCCCAGGUGGGUGCUGGACGGGCACACCUGUGCCCCGCCCUGGCACACCUGUGUCUCUGUGCCCCUCUCAGGUGUGCGGGUGCCCAGGUGGGUGCUGGACGGGCACACCUGUGCCCCGCCCUGGCACACCUGUGUGUGUGUGUCUCUCUCAGGUGUGCGGGUGCCCAGGUGGGGCUGGACGGGCACACCUGUGCCCCGCCCUGGCACACCUGUGUCUCUCUCAGGUGUGCGGGUGCCCAGGUGGGUGCUGGACGGGCACACCUGUGCCCCGCCCUGGCAGGUGGCGCUGUUCCGGGGUGGCAGGUUUGUCUGCGGGGGCACGCUGGUGGCGCCCAGGUGGGUCCUGACGGCGGCGCACUGCCACGCCCCCGGCCCCCUGACCGUCAGCCUGGGCCGCCCCUCCCACCGCCAGGUGCGCCCAGGUGAGCCCCCAGGUGAGGGGGGCUCCUCCUCCUCCUCGGCCACGCCCCCGCCAGGUGAGGCCUCACCUGCGCCAGGUGAGCAGCGGCGGCAGGUGCGGCCCUUCCGCUUCCCGGGCUACAACGAGAGCUCCAAGGACGGGGACCUGAUGCUGCUGCGGCUGCAGGUGCCGGCACACCUGAGCCGGCAGGUGAGGCCGCUGCCGCCCGCGCGCACCUGCGCCGCGCCCGGGACCACCUGCCAGAUCUCGGGGUGGGGAUCCACCACCAGCCCGCAAGUGACGUUCCCGCAGGAGCUGCGCUGCAGCCAGGUGCGCAUCGUACCUGAGCUCACCUGCCGGCGCACCUACCCCGACUCCAUCACCCCCAACAUGGUCUGUGCCGGGGAGCCCCACAGCCGGGCGGAUACCUGCCAGGGCGAUUCCGGGGGGCCGCUGGUGUGCAACGGGCGCCUGCAGGGCAUCACCUCCUGGGGGCCGGGGGUCUGCGGGGACCCCCGAAAGCCGGGGGUGUACGUCAACCUCUGCCGCUACGGCCGCUGGCUGCAGGACACCAUGGCCCAGAACUGACCCAAAUCGGCUGGAUUCACCCCAAAAUCGGCCGGGUUCAACUGAAAUUGGCCGGAUUGACCCCAAAUCCACCGGGUUCACCCCAAAUCCACCGGGUUCAACCGAAAUCGGCCGGGUUCAACCGAAAUCUGCCGGGUUCACCUCAAAAUCAGCUGAAUUCGACCCAAAAUCCACCAGGUUCAUCCCAAAAUCCACCGGGUUCACUCCAAAAUCGGCUGGAUUCACCCCAAAAUUGGCUGAAUUUGACACAGAGUCGGCCAAGUUCGACCCAAAAUUGGCCAGAUUCACUCCAAAAUCAGACGGGUUCAACCGAAAUCAGCUGAAUUCGACCCAAAAUUGGCCGGGUUCAUCCCAAAUCCACCAGGUUCACCCCAAAAUUGGCCAAAUUCACCCCAAAAUCAGCCAGAUUCACCCCAAAAUUGGCUGGAUUGACCCCAAAAUCAGCCGGGUUCACUCCAAAAUUGUCCCAGCUCAACUGAAAUCGGCUGAAUUCAACACAGAAUCGGACAAGUUCGACCCAAAAUUGGCCGGAUUCACCCCAAAAUUGGCCAAGCUCACCCGAAAUCGGCUGAAUUUGACACAGAAUCGGCCGAGUUCAACCCAAAAUCGGCUGAAUUCACCCCAGAAAUGGCCACACUCAGCCCAGAAAUGGCGGAAUUUGACCCAAAAUCAGCCAAGUUCGCCCAAAAUCGGCCGAAUUCAACCCAAAACCAGCCAAAAUCACCCAAAAUCAGCAAAGUUUGCCCCAAAAUCGGCUGAAUUCGACCCAAAAUCGGCCAAGUUUAAUGCAAAACAGCUGAGUUUGCCCAAAACCGGCUGAAUUCGACCCAAAACCGGCUGAGUUCAUCCCAUAAAUGGCCAAAUUUACCCCAAAAACGGCCAAGUUCACCCAAAAUUGGCUGAAUUCAACACAAAAACGGCCGAGUCCAACCCAAAAAUAGCAAAUUUCAACCCAAAUAUUGAUUAAUUCAGCCCAAAACCGGCCAAAUUCACCCCAAAACCAGCAAAUCAACCCCAAAAAUGGCUGAAUUCACCCCAAAAAUGGCCAAAUUCACCCCAGAAAUGGCCAAAUUAAUCCCAAAAUCAGCCAAAUUAAUCCCAAAAAUGGCCAAAUUCACCCCAAAAAUGGCCAAAUUAAU